AUGGCAGUUCUACUUGGGUUGGAGAAGUUGAAGUUUAGAACUGCUAGAGGUCAAGCUAAGGUGGCUGGCACACUUUUCUGCAUUGGUGGUUCUCUUGUUUUCACUUUCUGGAAAGGAGGAUACCUAUUUAAAGGUUUUGUAAAGAGGCCACUGAUAAAUAUAUCUGUUGGUGAGAUGAGGCAUGUUAAGGAAAACUGGAUCAAGGGGGUUCUUCUUAUUCUGACGAGUCACAUUGCAUGGAGUGCAUGGCUAAUCCUCCAGGCUGUGGUCCCCAAAGUCUACACUGCUCGAUUAUUGCUAACCACGAUGAUAUGCUUUUUCGCGUCGUUGCAAUCUUCUUUUCUUGAUCUGUUUUUUCAAGAAAUCCAAUUUCAUGGAGACUGGAGUGGAACCUGCAACUUUCAAAACAUCGCCUACUGCGGAGUUGUAAUCUCAGCAUUGGCCUGCUACCUGCAAACAUGGUGCGUCAGUUACAAGGGACCAGUCUUUGCAGCUAUGUUUAGUCCACUUCAAGUCAUUAUAGUGGCAUUGUUCUCGGCAAUUUCUUUCGCAGAGCGACUUCACUUUGGCAGCUUGAUCGGAGCGUUUCUCAUUAUCGUGGGCCUUUACUGUGUGCUGUGGGGAAAGAAGGAAAGACAAUCUUGUUGCUGA